AUGGCAGCAAUGCUUGUGACGUUCGUUCUAGUCAUAUGUGUAUCUGUUGAUUUUAGUGUUAGUGGAAAAAAUAUAGAUAUUGACAAUGGAAAGGAUUCCGACUCUAUCACUCAUCCACAAGCCUGGCACGAUCUUGUUUCCUUUGUUUCUCAGAAGAUUGAAGGAAUAGAACGUGUGUUGGCUGAAAAAGACAAAGUUGUGGACAAACUUGAAUCUCAAAUAACGUUGCACGAAAAGUCAAUACUACAAAGGGAUGCUAUUAUUGAUAAACUUGUUGAACGAGUGUCAGACUUAGAAAAAAUUGUGAUUGCGAAUCAGAUUACAGAGAAACAUGACACACGACACCAUGGGAAAUCAGAAACGGAAUGGUCGACAUCUGACACAAAUAACUUGGAACAAUAUUACAGUACCAUCAACAAGACCACUCAUCGCAAAACGCAAAACUGGUCAAAAUCUCUCGAAAAUAAAACUCAAGGAAACAGACUUCCUUCAAAAACAACUCCCUUCUCCCAAUCUCUUGUGGACAAUGAUGAAUCCGAGAACGUGCCAGUGGAGAAGUUUUCGAGAUCAAGACAAAGUCGUGUUGCCCCGCCGUCAGGGACCCAGACAAUAGCGUUCCAUACUGCCAUUUCUGGAAACAGAGUUUAUGCAGAAGAUGCGAUAAUAGUAUACGAUGACGAGACGCUUGACCAUGGCAACGGUUACAGCCCGAGUGACGGACUCUACACAGUUCCAGAGACUGGUACUUACGUUCUAACAUGGACGAUAAUCUCGGGCACCCAUCAAGAAUACCACACCCUCCUGGAGGUGAACGGUGUUGUUAGAGGAGCCUCGUUUUCAGAUACAACUGAUGUCGGCGAUUUUCACCAGUCAUCGUCCUUAGUUGUACUUUCUCUGAACGAGGGUGACCAUGUCUUCAUACGUAUGGGGCAUACAACCGGACACUGGACAAUAAUUAGUACAGAUGUCGGUUACGGAUAUUCUACCUUCUCUGGUUGGAGACUUGAUUGA